AUGGAUCGGCUUAUGUCUUCUGCGCGCCUCAUGAUUGUUUCGGAUCUCGAUCACACAAUGGUUGAUCAUCAUGACACUGAGAAUAGUUCGCUUUUGAGGUUCAAUGCGCUUUGGGAGUCCGCUUAUCGGCACGAUUCUCUUCUCGUGUUUUCAACUGGAAGGUCACCUACACUCUACAAACAGCUGAGGAAAGAGAAGCCUAUGAUAACUCCAGAUAUAACCAUCACGUCUGUGGGAACUGAGAUUACUUAUGGAAAAUUGAUGGUUCCCGAUGAUGGUUGGGUUCAGUUUUUGAACCAGAAAUGGGACAAGAAUAUAGUCAUUGAGGAGACAAGCAAGUUUCCUGAACUUACUCCUCAGGCAGAAACCGAACAACGGGCACACAAAGUUAGCUUUUAUGUAAAGAAAGAAAAUGCUAAGCAAGUGACAGAGGCUCUUUCUAAGGUUUUGGAACAGCGCGGGUUGGAUGUUAAAAUAAUAUAUAGUGGAGGAGUUGAUUUGGAUAUAUUAGCAAAAGGUGCUGGUAAAGGUCAAGCUCUUGCCUACUUGCUUGAAAAGUUUGAGAAGGAGGGAAAGCUACCUGGUAAUACCCUUGUUUGUGGUGAUUCCGGAAAUGAUGCAGAGCUAUUCAGCAUUCCAGGAGUUUAUGGUGUCAUGGUAAGCAACGCCCAAGAGGAAUUGCUGCAGUGGCACGCAGAAAAUGCAAAAGAUAACCCUAAGAUUCUGCAUGCUUCGGAGCGCUGUGCAUCUGGGAUUAUACAAGCCAUAGGUCAUUUUAAAUUGGGCCCAAACUUGUCACCAAGAGAUGUUCCAGACAUUGCACAAGAACAUAAUGUUGAAAAUGCAACCCCGAGUCAGGAAAUAGUGAACUUUUGCUUGUUAAGUGAAAAGUGGAGGCGUGGAGAAAUUGAGAACUCGGAGCUGAUUAUUGCUGGUCUAAAGGCAGCCACUCAUCCAACAGGUGUUAUUAUCCUCCCUUCUGGUUUUGACCAUAAUCUUAGGGAGUAUAUAAAUAUUUUCAGAGAGGUGUAUGGUGACAAACAGGGGAAACAGUUUCGGAUAUGGGUGGAUAAUGUAUCGGCUACACAGAUAAGUCCGGAUGCAUGGGUAGUGAAGUUUGAUAAAUGGGAGUUAGACGGUGAAGAGCGCCAUGGUUGUGUGGUCACUUCCGUACUAAGAAAGGAUUCUGAAUGGUUCACAUUGAUUCAUGUGCAACAGACGUGGAUGGAACAAUCAGGCCAAAUUAAAUGGAUAAUAUAG